CCCCCGGAAGGGACUCGAGGCCGGGUUCAGCGUGUCUGCGGACUGGGCUAGGGUCGGAGAGGGACGCGGCAGGCGGCGGGAUGUCCUGGUCCGGCCUUCUCCGUGGCCUCAACACGUUCCUAAGUUAUGGCCUCGCCCUGACCCCCCGGCUCCAGGCCGCCCGCUCCAUGGCCACCUUGAACCAGAUGCACCGCAAGGGGCCUCCGAAGCGGCCGCCCCCGACUCUGGGCCCCACGGAGGGCCGGCCGCAGCUGAAGGGCGUGGUCCUGCGCACGUUCAUCCGCAAGCCCAAGAAGCCCAACUCGGCCAACCGCAAGUGCUGCCGGGUGCGGCUCAGCACGGGCCGCGAGGCCGUCUGCUUCAUCCCCGGCGAGGGCCACAGCCUGCAGGAGCACCACGUCGUGCUGGUGCAGGGCGGCCGCACCCAGGACCUGCCCGGCGUCAAGCUCACCGUCGUGCGCGGCAAGUACGACUGCGGCCACGUGCAGAAGAAGAAGUGACGGCUGGGGCGCGGGCUGGCCUUCAUGCAGAGCCAGAACCUGCCUGUCUGGGCUCCUGCAGGACCCUGGGGAGCUGGGCCAGCUCUGAAGGCAGCUGGUCCUGGGUUCGAAUCCUGGGCCCACCUCUUCCCUCGAAACCACCGUUAGCCCAUAGGGGUCCUGGGGUGUGGAUUGGAAAAAGGCGCUUCUGCCAACACGCUUGGCUUCCAUGGGUGAGUGUUGGCGCCAGGGACCUUUCCUGCUGGGACAGGACACGGCACUGCCACCUGCUGGGAAGGACUUGCAAUAAACACAGACCCCCGACGGUUGUUAUAAACCCGUUCUGGUAGUGUUCGCCCUCUGUGUGGUCUCGGCAACUGACAGCCCCUCUGGGCCUCAGUUUCCUCCUCCAGGAAGUAGCUCCGCCCGGUGCAUGCCCUGGGUUGGGUUUGGUGAAGAUGAAGAUAGAUGCUCUGUGUGCA